AUGAAUUUCAAUAUUAUCUUAUGUAUUUUACUUUUAGCUUUGGUUUCCAAUACCUUUGCUGACAAUACUGCCCUUAGUAUUUGGAAUCAAGAUGCUUCCUCAAUUUCUGUUGGUAUCACUGAUUUCGAUACUAGAUCCAACACUCCUCGCCGUACUCUCUAUGGAUUCAGUAACGUUAUGACGGCUGGAAAUCAAUAUUCUACCUACAACUAUAAUACUGGUAUAAUGUAUUUUGUUGCAACUUCAUUUGACCCAUCAUUAAGUGGAUAUAUGUUUUUGAAAUCCUUCAGUACAAAUACAUGGACUUUUGGAACCUAUACCUCAAAUAUGACCACUGAUACCGAUUUAUUAUCUGUUGUCAGUGCCCAAACUAAUGCUGAUGAUGAUUUGUUCCUUAUUUUCGGUUCGCCAGCCGCAGAAAAUGGAAUGACCAUUACCAAAUUCAACGCCCUAACCUCAACUUACACAAUUGUCGAUAACAUUGCCGGUUACAAUUUCUCAUCAUCUGCCUUUGAUAUCUCCAAUAACAUUUUACUUAUUAUCAUGACCGAUUCCAAUGGAAAUAUGAUUGUCAAUACCUACGAUCCACUCGGUAAUAAGAUCUCAUCAAAGCCAUACACCAUCUCCAAUAUGAACAGCAGUUACAAAUCAACCAAUCGUCCAUACAACUUGCAAUAUCUUCCACAAUUGAAAGGUCUCUAUGUCAACAUGAACAUCUAUCAAUUCUCAUGGAACCAAAGUCCACAAAUGUUCUCAGUCAACGAACAAGCUCAAGUCUUUAGACUCGCUCCAUUGAUUUCAAAUUCUAUUACAGUCAAGAGUCUUUAUGGUAUGACUGCAAUUGGAGAUUACAUCUACCAAUCCGGUCAACUAAGUACCACAGGUAGUGGUAACUAUGCAAUCCAAAUGGAUGUUGUCCGCAACGUCUAUAUUACAUCAAUCAACUUACAAACUCUCCCAUUAAACUUCUGGAUGAUGAAAAGUGGAAGUUGGUCAAUAGGUUAA